AGCGAACGUCUCAGCCACCAGUCAAGAAAGGACCUUCUUUACACGAGCAGCUGCGAUAAGAAGGUGGGGAUUCCUUCUCGGGGUGCCUGGCGGAAUUCGAGCAUUCGUUCCAAUCCGCAAUGGGUGCGCCGGACGAAGAUGUCAUCAGCACAAUCGCCAGCUCGCGCAGCAGCAUAUCGGAGCCGGCGCUGCACCUGGACGAAGACGCAAAAAGCGCCAAAAUAGAGAUCACCUGCGAGCCGUUGACUCCUCAAGACACUACCUCCGGAAGCGAUGGCGACGAGAGAGUCCACGCGUGGGACUGCGGCAAGCAGCGGCGCGCGCUGUCGGGUCAACUCGCGUCCUUUAUGGCGGAGUCGCGAUCGCAUUCUGGGACGCUUUUUCGCAGGUUCGAUCGCGCUAAUUUUAGGGGGUUGAUGGGGAUGGAGAGGGAGGUCGCGGUGUUGGAGGAGAGGUUGGAGAGGUUGGAGGGCGGGAGGAUGGUAAAGGAGGAGAGUGUGAGGGAGUUGGAGAGGGAGUUGAGGGAAAGGGUGCGGGAGUACUAUGAAGCCGUCCUCCUGACGAAAGAGAUUCUCGCUCUUUCGCGCCCGAGUAAAAACGCGCUGCUUGAAACGCGGCGCGCCUUCCCCCCGGAGGACUUCAGACCGGACUCCGCAGAGAAGACGCCGUAUUUCUCGGACAAGUACUACACGCGGCGCCAGGAAUCCGAUCUCAGCAGCCUCUCCCCGUGCGCAGAUCCGGAUCCGCUAACGCGUUUCUUCGAGAGACAGAGCGAUGGGGGGAAUGUCGCGCACCUCGUGACGUUUCUUAGUGCCAUUUGCGCGGUGCUAUUUCUCGUAGGCGCGAUUGUCGGGCUGUACUUUGUGAGCAAUGCGCGGGCAAGGCUGGGGAUGCUGGGCACUUUCACGGUGCUGUUUGCGGCGGCGUGUGCGAGUCUGGGGAAUGUCAGGAGGCAGGAUGUGUUUGUUGCUACUGCUGCGUAAGUAUACGCGGCGGUUCUCGUCGUCUUUGUUAGUGGUAACAUCGCGGCGAACCCGGAACCUACGACCUGCAUUCUCUCCAGCACAGAGGGGGCCACAAACG